AUGUCUUGCCGCUCCUACCGAGUCAGCUCUGAUCGCCACGUGGGCAGCUCUUGCUCAGUAAUGGCCCGCCAGAACCUGAACUGCUUCCGGGCCAGCUCUGUCCCCUGCAGGAGUGGGCCCAGCUUCCGGGGCCUUGGUGGCUUUGGUAGUCGGAGCGUCAUCACCUAUGGGUCGUGCUCACCCCGGAUAGGAGCUGUAGGCCCUCGUCCCAUCCGCUGUGGAGUUGGCUUUGGUGCUGGCAGUGGGAUGUCCUUUGGCUAUGGUGAUGGGAGUGGUGCUGGUCUAGGGCUUGGGGCUGGCAGUGGUAUUGGCUACUGCUUCAGUGGCCCUUGCUUUGGCUACAGAGUUGGAGGAGUUGGAGCCCCAGCAGCCCCAUCUAUCACAGCAGUGACUGUUAACCAGAGCCUGCUGACCCCCCUCAACCUGGAAAUUGACCCCAAUGCCCAGAAGGUAAAGAAGGACGAGAAGGAGCAAAUCAAGACCCUCAACAACAAAUUUGCCUCCUUCAUUGACAAGGUGCGGUUCCUGGAACAGCAGAAUAAGCUUCUAGAGACCAAGUGGAACUUCCUUCAAGAGCAGAAAUGUGUCAGGAGCAACCUGGAGCCCCUCUUCGAGAACUACCUUACCAACCUGCGGAGACAGCUGGAUAUAGCAAACGGCGACCGGGCCCGGCUUGAGGCUGAGAGGAACCACAUGCAGGAUGUCCUUGAGGGUUUCAAGAAGAAGUAUGAAGAGGAGGUGGGACUCCGGGCCAACGCUGAGAAUGAAUUUGUGGCUCUGAAGAAGGAUGUGGAUGCAGCUUUCUUAAAUAAAUCUGAUCUAAUGGCCAACGUGGAUACCCUAGCUCAGGAAAUUGACUUUAUGAAAACCUUAUACAUGGCGGAAAUUCAGUUACUGCAGUCGCACAUCUCAGAGACAUCAGUCAUCGUGAAAAUGGACAACAGCCGGGACCUGGACUUGGAUGGGAUCAUCUGUGAAAUUAAGUCCCAGUAUGAAGAGGUUGCCAGGCGUAGUCGGGCUGAUGCUGAGGCCUGGUACCAGACCAAGUAUGAGGAGAUGAGGGUGACAGCUGGCCAACACUGUGACAACCUGCGCAACACACGGAAUGAGAUCAACGAGCUGACCCGCCUGAUCCAGAGGCUGAAGGCGGAGAUUGAGCACGCCAAGGCUCAGCGGGCCAAGCUGGAGGCCGCGGUGGCCGAGGCGGAGCAGCAGGGUGAGGCAACCCUCAAUGACGCCAAAUGCAAGCUGGCAGAUUUGGAGGGCGCCUUGCAGCAGGCCAAGCAGGACAUGGCCCGGCAGCUGCGUGAGUACCAGGAGCUCAUGAACGUCAAGCUGGGCCUGGACAUUGAGAUCGCCACCUACAGGCGCCUGCUGGAGGGCGAGGAAAUCCGGUUCUGCGAAGGUGUUGGACCAGUAAACAUAUCCGUGAGCAGCUCCCGGGGCGGCAUGGUAUGUGGACCUGAGCCCCUGCUCGCCAGCUCCACCCUCUCCCGUGGUGGAGUCACCUUCUCUGGCAGCAGCAAGCGUUCUGGCAGCACCUGCGGCUCCAACCUGGGCAAUUCCCGGAUCGUCGUGGGCAGCGGGGACCUGCUGAGUGGGGGUUCCCGGGGAGGCUCGAUGCUUGUGGGCGAGGCCUGCUCCCCCAGCAUCCCCUGCCCGCUUCCAACCGAUGGGGGCUUCAGCAGUUGCAGCGGCGGCCGCAGCAACCGCAGUUCCAGCGUCCGCUUCGUGUCCACCACUACCUCCCGGAGGACCAAGUAUUGA